AUGAUUCCCGGUGGGAUCUUGCCUGCCACAAGAAAACACUACUGGAGGCGAGUCCUCGAUCGUCGCCCGAACGGAAAGCGACCGGAAACGCCCUCUCCGCCCGAACCAGACCCCAAGAGACCCCGGACCGCCCUCCGCGACGAAGCAGCAACACUCUCUGGUUCCCAAGAAAACCUCCACGACUUGGACAACAUCGUCCAACCCCGAAAUCUGAACCCUUUGGACCAGCCAUCUUGCUCGACUUACUCCAACGGAAACCCAGAAGCCAUCCGCCCUCACCUUCCAUUUCAUCAGCGUGACGGAGAGGAUGCCUCGGCGACUCUAGGGGAGUCAAUCUCAGGACACAAUGUGCCUUCUCGGGAACCCUUGUUGCCCCAACACAUGCUACCGCAGCCGCUCGCCUUUUUUCUCAGCCUGCGUGCCCGGGAGUCCAUUGCGAGGCUGAAUGAGGCACGGCUGAGCAUGAUGAUUGAGCGGAUUCAGCGAGGACAGGUGGAGGGCUUCGUCUUUGACCGAGAAGAACUGGCCUGGACUUGGGAAGGAAUGCAGGAUGACUCUCAGGCCAGAUGGGAUGGACCCGUCAUGGAGGGCAAGGGAGUGGAAGUGACAGAAAGAGGACAGGCGAGAUGGUACCUGUGGUCUCCGCAAGUCAAUAGGGGCGACUGGUUUGGUGGAAGAGUGGUGGCGGAGGUUGUCUUUCGUGUCGCUAUGGAUCGAGUCCUCUCAUUUGUCGCCAUCGUUAUUUGCUGGUUGAAUAUGGAUUCAGCUUUCAGCAUGGGUCCAGAGGCGAUGAUGGGGCUGUUGCAACUUGAGGCACUUAGGCCCAACCACCAAAGGAUGAGAAUGAUAACUUCUGAGCGAGCAGACAAAGGAGCGGACACCGAUGGAAGCCAAUUAAGAGACCCGAAUUAG